AUAUUGAUGAAUGUGAGCGGAUUCCUGGGCUUUGUCGUGGUGGACGCUGUAUCAAUACACCAGGCAGCUUCAGGUGUGAGUGUCCUCCAGGCCAUGAGCUCUCUGCCAGCCAGCGGUAUUGUAAGGAUAUUGAUGAAUGCUCACAGUCAUCAGGUAUCUGCUCGAACGGUGUGUGUGAAAACAUGAUGGGAACAUAUCAGUGUAUGUGCAAUGACGGCUACCAGCAAACAGGCCAGAAGUCUCAUUGUGAAGACAUUGAUGAGUGCAGCGUCAAACAAUGGUGGUUGUGAUGAUAUAUGCAUCAAUACCCC